AUGGAACCGGUGCGCUCUCUCCCCCGGAACACUAGUGUUCCCAUGCGCCAACCCUCGGCGGAAGAUCUGGACGCUGCCCAGCAGUUGGUUUCGUCCGCACAGGCAGGCCGUGAACAUUUGGCAGAUCAAUAUGGAGACACCUCAAUAAAAUUGUCUGGAAGCCCUCCAGUGCACCACGGGCCUGGAUCGGCGUCGGGGCUGUCCGAGGGUCGAUCAGAACAGGAAAGGACUUCUCCACGGGGCCAAAAAGAUACGUCUUUUCUGGGACAUUCAUGCAGCAAUUGUGGAACAAAAAGCACUCCCCUCUGGAGACGAUCUCCAACGGGAGCCAUGAUUUGCAAUGCCUGUGGUCUUUACCUGAAAGCUCGCAACGUCGCUCGUCCUACAAAACGAAAUCGCGUCCAACAGACCCUUGACGGUCCUGAAAGCAAACCCCCCACUGCUCCUCACGAACAUACAACAACAUCAGAAGGCGGUUGCAAGGGCUCUUGUCCUGGUGGUGGAAGCUGCAACGGCACCGGUGGCGCAGAGGGUUGUGAUGGUUGUCCCGCAUACAACAAUCGCAUUUACAAAUCUGCUCCUCGGGGGGGUCCUCAUUCUUCUUGGGGUCGCACUUCAACCCCUGAUGCCGGACAAACGCCUCCUCCGCCCGUCGCUGAGGCUCCGGCGAAGAACACUGCUGUUGAUAGCAAUGGAACAUUGGUUGCGUGCCAGAACUGUGGGACAACUGUGACUCCACUGUGGCGACGAGAUGAGCAGGGUCAUCCUAUUUGCAAUGCCUGUGGCCUAUACUAUAAGCUCCACGGCUGCUACCGUCCCACAACCAUGAAGAAGUCGAUCAUCAAGCGUCGGAAGCGCGUCGUUCCAGCCCUACGAGAUCAGUCCCCCACUGCUGCGACUCAGUCCUCCAAUGGCUCAUCGGCCUCCCCCGAAGCGUCCCCAGCGGCUUUGUCUCACGUACAGGAAGAUCAUUAUCGAUAUAUGAGCAAUGAGCCUGAUCAUUAUAGUGGAAUAUCCGGACGAGGUCUACAUGAAGAUGCACCGCGGCCCUUGCCCUUUGCUCCACCUCCAGUGGAUUUCACCGGCUAUGUUAGCUCUGCUCCCAUGCAUCACCACCAAUUUCCCAAGCUUCUCGAGCCCGAGCGAUUGGGUCAUUCGCCCGUUCAAUUCGCGCGACGAUCUGCGUCUCCUAAUUCCCUUGCGCUUCCUAAGAAACGCACUUUGGCUGAGACAUCGGAAACACUUCCACCCACACUUGGAGCUGGUUCAAAUCAAUUGCCACCCAUUAUGUCCUCGACCAAUCCUUCCCCUCCGGGUCGCCUGAGCUCAAUCUCAUCCAUUUUGAACCAGACGGAACGUCGUGAUGACUCUCGUGUGGACCUCUCGCCUAUGGGUCGGCCCCAGCCCUACCAAGCACCUAUGCAUUCGGCACCUCACCCGCCGCAACAUUUACCCGGAAUCUCUUCUUUUUCGGACCACCCACCGGGUGAACGCCGUGCCAUGUUGGAGCGGGAAGCCGAAUUGAUGCGCGAGGCACUGCGCGCUAAGGAGCGAGAAUUGGCCCAGAUGGGUCGGUAA